UUUAAACCUAUCAACGUGUAUUGGUCUUUAGUGGUUGCCCGGCCGGAGAUUCACCCACAGACAAACCAGGGGCCCUUUCAAUUGGUAGCAGAGGAUGGUUCACUGACUAUCCAGAUCCAACUCAUCCGUUCUUGCCCGGAGACAAAGUUCUGGUGAAACAACUAGCUGCCCGCCACAAGACUGGUCCAAUUUACCAAGGUCCAUUUGAGGUUCUAAGAGUGGCUCGAACGGCUGUCCUUACUGACCAGAGUCCACAGUGGAUACACGCCAGCCGGCUCAAGAAGACGCCAGAAGGAGUCCUCAAGAAAUUCCCCGGACAAACAUGAGUCUUCCGGACAAGAUGCCUACAAAAGAAAUGGCUUUGAUCAUACCCCCGAGCCUGCAAAGUAGAUAUGAGCGAUGGCUAAGAGGCUAUCCAAAACCACUUAGUCCAAAGGAUCCAAAGACUAUGCUGGACUUGUAUGAGGAAGAAUUUAUGUUCAGGGAGUAUACCAAUGAACUAGAAACUGAUGACUUAAAAGAUCAGAACUUUCCUGAACCGUUUAGUAAGCAGAUGAUUCAGAGAAUGAAACUGUCAGAUGGUGGGAGACAAUGGAUAAACCCUUUCUUCUUCCGAAGGGUACUGACAUGGGGUGACAGGAGCAGGGUUGUCAAGGAAAAACCCCCUAAAAGAGAACUCCCCAGGCCACCCCAGUCUCCUUGUUCUACAACAUCUUUUCUUGAAGAAACAGAGGAAAAAGAAACUCAUACUGUUGAUAUAGACACUGAAGCAAAAACAAGUCGCAGGAUCGGGAUUAUUAAGUGUCCAUUACCCCUGUUGAACUUUUUGGCAAUUAUAUGUACCCUCGCAAUUCUUUAUAGUCUAGUAGUGAUAACUGUGAAAGUAGUUAUGACAGACACACCGAUACAAGUGAAUGAAACCUUACAUGAGAGAACAAAAAGAUCUAUAUCUAUAUUUAAUAGGCCCAAUUACAAAAAAGAGAAAAUCACCUGUUGUACUAAAAGAGGAAAUAAAUUGUCACAAUCAAUGUUAGAUAGAGUUAUAGGUUGGCAUGAGCAGAAGAAAGAAGGGGUAUGUAAACUAGACGCUAUAAUCCUAAUUAUCAGGGCGUCCCCAAAGAAUAGUUCCCUAUGUCUAUCACCCAAUCCAAGUGACAAAGCCACUAGGAGGAAAAUACAGGAAUUAAAGGGACAAGGAACUCAGAAGAGAAGUCUCCUCUCCGAGACAACCUUCAAAGAGAAGGUAAUAGACCACUGCUCUUAUGAGACUGGAGGUGGAUAUCCAAAAGAGAAAAAUAAAAAUGUUUUCUCUUGGUUGGAUUGA